AAAUAUAAGAAAAGCGUACGAAUUAGUUGGAAAAGCACAAAAUAAAUUAAAUUGGAGACCAGAGGGGCUUGGUAUUGGUGAUGUUGUGGCUGGAGUAUUUACACUUAACGUUGUUCCCGGAGUUAAAGUUGCUAAAUAUUUAGAAAGAGCGAUAAGUGAGAUGGUGGAUGUUUCUAAUCUCUUAAACCAAGCUCAGAUUGAGAUAAGUUUUUGUAGUUGUAAAAUUGAAAAAGAUUUAUAUAAAAACAGAGGAAGCGAAUUAGUUAAUGAUUACAAUAAUUUAAGUAAUAAUUCGACAAACAAAUAUAAUGGUUUAGUCGAUAGAUAUAAUGAUUUGCAGAGUAAUUCAAAAGAAAAAUACAAUGCACUGGUUGUUAGCAAGAGUAGUUUUGAAAGAUUAGAAACUGAAUACAGAAAAAAUAUUGCUGAUUAUAACAGGUUGGUUGGAGAAAAUAGUGGUUUACAAGAAAGGUUUGAUGAAUUGACUCAAAGGUUUAACAGACUGAACGAGGAUAAUGGAGAGUUAAGGGAAAAAUAUGAAAGAGAAAGAGAAAGUUGGCAUCAAGAAGAAUUAAGAUUGAGUAGAAAUGAGGAAAGAAUACGGCAAGAAGCAACAGGUUUACGAGAAAACUUAGUUGAUGCUCGUCGAGAAUUAACAGACACAAGAAACGAAAGAAACGAUUUAUUAAUUAGAGUAGAUGAAGCAAAUAUAGAUAUACGACUUCUUACUAUUCAAAUGGCAGAUUUACAGGUAGAAAGCAAUGAUAGAAAUACCCAAUUACGAACCACUCGCCAAGAUUUAGCGAGAGUUCAGCAAGAAAGAGACGAAAGAAUAACUUCUGCGGAAUUAGAAAAUUUUCUAAAUACUUUAUGGAGAAGAGAAGAAGAAGUUGCUUCAUUAAGGGAACAGUUAGGACAGUCGAGAGAAAGCGGACUUACGGAGAAACUUCGUAAUAAAGGGCAGAAACUAGAAAGUUUUAUUCAUCGUCUAGGGAUGGAGUUGGGACAAAUCCAACUUUUGCGGGAUAUUUACAAUGAAUUGGUUCGCUCCCGCAAGAAUGGAGACAUAAAUGGUAUUAGAGAAAACCAAAGCAUUAUUGAAACAAUUAAACAAAAUCUUUUACAGGACCGCAUUCACCUUGAUGAUGUUCAAGAAAUAUGCGAUAAGUGUGAAGAAAUCGCUCAAUUAAAUUUACAAUUAGAACAACAAUUCGAAGCCAGAAUUGAAAUAUUAGAAAUAAGCGAAGUUGCUACCUCCGAAGAUAUAAAAAAGGCUUAUCGGAAUCCAGAAGAGAGGUUAAAAGCCAACGAGAUGAUGCAAAAGAUUAAUCAGGCUUAUGAAGUUUUAGGCGAUGAGGAAAAAAAAAGAAGAUAUGAUUUGGGGGCAGGCGAAAGCGACUUUUCGGCUGCUGGAAACAUGAUAUACGAAAUAGAAGUAGGAGAUGAUGAAAAUGAUACAGAAUUCUUUAUUGACAGAAGAAAAGUAAACGAAUUUAAAGAAAAGAUGAUUGCUGCCAUUAGAAAAAGGAGUGAAGAACUAAAAGCGGGCAUAAAUGUUCCGGCAAUCGACAAGGCCAGAAAUACCGCCAUCAAUUCAAUAGAAAAAGAAUUAACAAAUAGAAACCUAAAAGUUGAGGAUUUAGCCGAAGAGCAUCGUAAUUAUCGAGAGCAAAUUAACAAUCUAACAAAAGUUUACCAAAUUCGCUCUUUUGAAGAUAGGGGGAGGCAACCCGAGCAAUUAGAAAAAGAGACAGCGGGUUCAAAGCGAGAGGAUGGUUUUAGCAAAGAACCUGAGAAAGAGCCUGAGAAAAAAGAAGUAGGCAAGUUUCAAAAAAACAAGGGUAAAUACGAUAAUUGGACUAGGGAGGAGUUGACGAAAAGGAUUGAAGAGUUGGAAGUUGAAAAUAAGAAUUUAAAAGAAGAGAUUGAAGAACUAAAAAAAGAAAAUGAUAAUAGUCCGGAAUUUCGGGCUUAUCUCAACCAAAAAGAAAAUGAAUUACAGAAUAGGCAGCAGCAAUUAGAGCAGUUGAGGAGUAUUGCCCUUAAUGCCAAAACUCCACCAAAGCCAAAAAUUAAUUCCGAUAAUUUCUCAACUGAAACGCUGAAAAACUUUUAUCAGGAAAAUUUACAAGAGCAAGAAAUAAUUGCCCAAACCAUUGAAGAUGGCCGCGAAGAAGAACAAGAAGAAAUUGCCCGAGCCAUUGACCUCUCUUUAAGAAGUCUCAAUUCUUUGGCUAUCGAACCGGAAGAAACCGACCAGAUUACGGCAGAGUUAACUAAUCGCCUUAACGAUUUAACUGCCCAGGUGAUUUCUGCGGAGGAAAGCAUUCAAGAAUUAGAAGAGUCUAAUGAGGAAUUGAAAAAAAGCAAGAAUGAAAUAGAAGAAAUUGUGAGGGAAUUAAAUUUAGAAAAUGCUGAUUGGAAAAGACAG